AUGCUACACGGUAGAAGCCUUGGGGUUGUCGUCGUUCCGGCUGUUCUAGGGAGUCUAGCGACAAUAACGGUCCUAUUCCGAUGUUAUGUGCGCAUCCGAAUUGUGAAUCGCUUUGGAUGGGACGAUGGAUUCAUGGCUACCGCCAUGAUAACCAAUUUAAUGUUCGCCUUGUGUGGGAUCAUCGGGGGAGUAUAUGGUAUUGGUCGGAAAACGGAGGACUUUCAUGAUCGACCCAAGGAUUUCCAACGCGCGAUGCUGUGCUGGUGGCUUGGUCAACUAUCCUACGCGAUUACCGCUACAAUCAUGAGGGUAUCCAUCGGCCUUACACUUGCUCGUUUUGCCCCCAGCAAGGUCCAUUUGCGCUUUCUCUACGGUAUCAUCGUCCUAUCUACCCUGACGGGCGUUCUUUUGUUCUUCUUCGCCACGUUUCAAUGUUCCCCCGUUUCCUAUUAUUGGGACAAAACGUCCGGUCAAGGGAUAUGCCACAAUGACAUCGAGGUCAAGAUCAUAUACUUCUAUAGCGUGAUAGAUGCCGUGUUCGACCUUGCUAUCGGCAUUUUACCUGCGCUCUUCAUCAGUCAUCUCCUGCUGGAUCGCAGCGACAAGAUCGCAAUUGCUGGCCUUCUUGGACUUGGCUGCCUGGCACUUGCAGCCGUCAUCGCUCGAGCCCCUUUCGUACAUCUAAUGACGGAGGAAAGUUUUCUCUACGAAACAACCAUGGUCGCAAUAACUUCCGACAUAGAAACCAGCGUAGGCAUCAUAGCAGGGAGUUUUAUGGUCAUGCGACCCGCCUUCUCCAUGUUCACCAAAUCCAAGGCAAAGGGACUCGGAAAAUGCCAUUUAACUACUUUAACCGACUCUCAAAUGACUGGCGACACGUUGAAAGCAGAGGCCUGA